AUGCAGCCCGCUGAACUUCGUCGACACAAGGAACGAGGCAGAUACGAUGCGGAAUCCAUCAGUUCGGUUUUCUCGGACAACUUUAUAGCGCAUGUCUCCUACAUCGAUAAUGGCCUUCCACAAUGCUUACCAAUGGUCGCUCUAUUUCGACGUGAGGAUGAGGGCGAGGUGGCCUAUUUGCAUGGUCAUCCCAGCUCAAGGCUUAUGGAACUAGUGCGAAAGAAAGACAUAGAGAGAAACGCUAGGAUGGAGCGUGGUGAAAAUGUGGAUGGAGACGGCGAUGAUCGAAUAAAAGUUUGCAUUGCGGCAACAAAAGUGGACGGUCUUGUUCUCUCAUCAGCUCCAAAUGGACACACUUUCAACUACCGCUCAGCGGUAGUGCAUGGAGCAUGUUCUCGCGUGGAAGACCGCAAUGUGAAAUGUGAUGUUAUGCGAGCUGUCACAAACCACAUCGUGGCUGGAAGAUGGGAAGAUCUCAAUCCCGUCGCCUCCUUUCAAGUAUCGCUUGUUUUCGUGAUCCGCGUGGAAGUAGAGCACGGCUCCUUGAAGCUGCGAACUGGUAUUCCCGGGAUUCAGCCUCGAGAUAGGGCGAAGGAUGGCCCCGAUCGGGAGGAGCCCGUGUGGACCGGGGUUGUGCCCUUGUAUGAACACCUGGGUCAACCGGUGCCAAGUGGAUUGACAGAUGAAGCAAUCGUGCCUGAAAGCCUAGUAAAGUAUAUUCAGGAAAGGAACGAAAGGCACGAGAGUUACGCUAAAUCUGUUACGAAAUAA